AUGUCUGCGGCGCUGGUCAGGAGAGGUCUGGAGCUCAGCGCUGAUGUCUGCGGUUCGUUUGCACUUCCUGGGGGAGCAAACGAGAAGAAGAGCAAAAAGCAGAAGGUGACAAAGAGCAGCUCUUCCAAGAGGUCCUCCAGAGCGCCCCCUGCUGGCCGCCACAGAGCCUCAGCCAAAGACCGGCACGUGAGGAGUGUUCUGGAGGAGGCCAGCCGUGCCCCGAAGGACCACAGCGCACAGACCCUACAGUACUUUCUGCACAGCGUCGCCUCCGCCUCAUCAGACAGCACUGCCAAGAUCGUCCGGCAGAACAGCGGGAGGCAGUCCAAGAGCAGAGCGGGGGCCCCAGCGCAGAAGCCGCAGGAGCCCAAGAGCGUGUUCACCGAGGAGGAGUUCCAGCAGUUCCAGAAGGAAUACUUUGGCAGGGCUGUGGAAGAGCAGUAG